GUCUAAACUGUCAUUUGCGCAUUGUUUGGCUUGAGGCUUUUGGUUCUUAUAUUUAGGCGGCUUAUCCACAACAACACACUGAUCAUUCUGGUGGAAAGGUGAUGAAAGAAGGACCACUCAUGGAAGGCUGGUUCAUCAUCCUAGUGUCUGCGUGCGUCUGCGUUAUCGUAAGAGCCAUAUUCUCCCUUCAAACAAAAACCAUCAACACCCCUCCAGGCCCUCUUCACAUCCCAAUCGUCACAAGCAUCCAAUGGCUCCUCAAAUCCUUAAACCAACUCGAGCCGAUUCUCCGAAACCUCCACGCCAAGUUCGGCCCCAUCGUCACCAUCCGCAUCGGAUCUCAACGAGCCAUAUUCAUCGCCGACCGCACCCUCGCCCACCAAGCCCUAGUCCAAAACGGUUCCCUCUUCUCCGACCGCCCCAAGGCUCUCGCCGCCUCCAAAAUCCUCUCCAGCGACCAACGCAACAUCAGCUCCGCCUCCUAUGGCCCCACGUGGCGUAUUCUCCGCCGAAACCUCAUCUCCGAGGUGCUCCACCACUCACGCGUU